GCCUUCGAUGUCAGUUGCUAAAAUUAAUUGUGCUUAUUAACACAAUGUCAAUCUUGUAUUACAUCAGAACAGAUUUUCUUACAGUUAGUUAGUUGUAAGGUAACACAGUAGAGGUUAUAAAGGUCGAGUAAAGGUGGGCUAAACGCUGUACCUGUGGGAGGCGCUGGAGUCUCAGUAAGUUUGUUGGCAUUCGGAGGCAGGAGCAUCUUGAGGAGGCUGUGGACAGCCUGUCUGGAGCAAACUGGUGGUUUGGGCUCAACACUCAUUCAAACUGUCCAUAGUGGUCAUCUGCUCAAUUCUCAGUUUGCUAACAGUGUUCCAGGUAUUGGAGUUCAAGAAUGCAUAAUUGCGUGAGAAAAGCACGGCUAAACAACAUCUAUAGGCUGCUCAUAAGGCGCAGUGCUGAGAAUGUGUGGUUGCUGAAAAUCCUACCUGGUUGCGUCCUCUUGCUUGUUCCUCUUUGACUCAGUAUUUCCCCUCUAUUGCACUCAUUCUCCUGUAACAAAGCACCCAUAAUGUCACAGCCACCUGAUGCUGAGCCUGUCACAGUUGUACCUGCUGCCCCAGCAGAACCCACCACUGAACCAACAUUCCCCACCACAACUGCCGCAGCACCAACUGCACUUGCAACCAAGGCUUCAUUCUGGAGGGAGAGAAAAAAAGUCUCAGAGAAGACCGAUGAGUUUCUGCUGGCCAGGUUUCAGGGUGAUGGAGUGAGGUAUAAAGCCAAGCUUAUUGGUGUGGAUGAUGUCCCAGAAGCCAAAGGGGAUAAAAUGUCUCAGGAUUCCAUGAUGAAACUAAAGGGCAUGGCAAUAGCUGCUCGUUCUCAAGGCAAGCACAAGCAAAGAAUCUGGGUGAACAUCUCUCUAACAGGAAUCAAAAUUUUGGAUGAGAAAACGGGGGUUAUAGAACAUGAACAUGUGGUGAAUAAGAUCUCAUUCAUCGCUCGAGAUGUCACUGAUAACCGGGCGUUUGGAUAUGUGUGUGGAGCAGAGGGACAGCACCAGUUCUUUGCUAUUAAGACUGCUCAGCAGGCUGAGUCUCUGGUCAUUGAUUUGAAGGACUUAUUUCAGCUGAUCUUCAACAUGAAGAAGAAAGAGGAGGAGGCUGCACUGAAGGGUGACGCAAAUGGCUCCAUGAUCAAGAAUGGUGGUGAUGCUUUACUCAACCUGGAUGGCAAAGAAAAUGCUGUGAAUACUGUGGAUCAGAUGGACCUGUUUGGAGAUAUGUCCACCCCACCUGACAUUCACUCUCCUACGUCACCUGGAAAUGACCUGUUUGGAGCUGACCUCUUUGCUCCACCAGCCCAGAAUGUGUCUUUGCCCUCAAACCAAAACUCCUCCAUUCCAGCUGAACUAUUCAACACCACACCAGCCUCCACCAUGAAUGCUCUUGGUUCAUUGUCUGUGGGCCCUGCUUCUGUCACUCAAACUCCUGGAACAGCCCCUUCUCCAUGGUGUCAGACACUCACAAUGUUUUCUCCUCAGGGUGGUGUUCCUCAAGUAACAGUUCCAGGGGCACUGCCAAAACCUUUCCCUCAACCGUCUGCCAUUGGAGGCCUGCCUGCACCUGCAUGGGUGCCACCAGGAGCUUCACCUUUUGGUCCACCAGCUGCCACACAAGCCUGGGGUCAACCAGGAACCCCAGCACCUUUUGGGGCCUGGCCCACCUCUGGUCCUAUGGCCAGUACAUUCCAACCAAACCAAUUCCAUCAAAGGAUGACUCCUAGUGCAAUGAUGGGUGGGCAGCAGGGUGCUGUGGUUCCCUCUCGUCCUCCACCACAUCCCCCGGUGAAAGAAGAACCCCCAACAGUCAAAAGUGCCUUCACAGCUUUGGACCCCCUUGGGGAGAAGGAAAAGAAAACUGGAAAAGUCAUGUUCAAAGAUUUCCAGAUGGUCAAGCCCCAGACAGCUGAACAAAGAAAUGAUCCAAGCACCAAUGGCUCCUUCGACCAGUACUUUUCCAGCAAGGUUGGCUUGGCUCAAGAGGUGGCAGACCAUGAUGACUUUGGUAUUAACCAAAUAUCAGUUAGCUCAAAUGGGCCGUCUAAACUUGCUCCUCAGCAGUUCUCCCCUCUGGGUCUGACCCUAACCCCAACAACAGGGCUUUUGGAUUCUGCCUUUACUCCUAAUCCAUCCUCUAUACCUUCAAACCCAACUCUUGCAGCAGGCUCAAACAUUUUUGAUGACACUUUUGGAAAUUACCCAUUUGGCGCACCACCCCUGAAUACAAGCACUCCAGCCACUCAGUCUGCUAACUCUGCAGAAGCUUUUGGAGACCCUUUUGGGGGAAAUCCAUUUGCCUGAAUCCAUUUGCCUUAGUAGCUUCUUUAGCACUUCUGUACACCCAUUGCGCCAGUGCUGCUGAGCCAGAGGACCACACAAGCACUGUAGAGUUGCUAAUUGCAUUCCACUUCAUGGAAAAACAAUGUGCACAUUUAAAACCUUUUUCUUAUAUUUUGUGCUGCACUGUUCUCAUUCUCACUGUAUAUCUGCUGUACCCUCUCUUUCUGUGCCUUUAUAACUGAUCACAGAUCAGCCCUUUUCUUCCAACCCAUUUCAAAGCAAAGCCAUUCAUCAAGAUGAGGAAAUUGAAGUAGGGUUCUGUUGAAGAGUGUGAUGGAGGUAGAACAAAACCAUGUGUGAUAAUGUACACGAUUUUUUCUGUAUACGAGUAUCCUUAGCAUUUAUAAUAAAGUAAAAUGCUUCAUCCAAAUGAUUUGUCAUUUAAAGAUAGUGAAUUAUGUUGUGGCUUUUAUUUUUUUUAUUUUUUAGUAAAAUCUGAUGUAACAUUUUGUAUAGCUUUUAUCUGGCUCAUAUAGUUGUUUACAGAACUGAGGAAUUCUCUAGGGCUGAUAUAAAGGCUGUAAACACAUACUGUGUUGCAGAAAAGUUAGUUACCCUGGUAAAAGAAAGAGAACCAAGAUGUGACCAGACUACUGACACCACUAAUGAAACAACAUUAUUGCCAGUGUGCUUAUUGUAAUUUGCCAUGAAUUUGCCAUUAUCCCUUUAGAUCUAUUAAUACAGAGAGGAUGGCAUCACUCUGUGUGUCAGACUGUAACACUGGGGUGAACAACUUGCCCAGCUUUUUUGUUGAUGUUUUGGAAAAUUGGGUAUUUGGGAUGGAGUCUAAACAGACAAGCACAAUAUAAAAGCUAGUGAGUAGCAUCUUUCUAUUGCUUUUUGCAGGUUGGCAAAUCAGAUUUACUCUUGCUGUUUAGGUCUUGCUCAAACUCGAAAGUCUUUUACUUUUAAAAUUCAUUUUAAACAUGCCUCGUCCUUUGUUUCACCGGAAUGGUUGCUGGGAUCCUCUCCAGGGCAGGUCAAAAAUAAAACUUUUUGAUCAAAACACCAGCCUCCCCUGUUUCCUUGAACCUGAUGAAGUUAGCUGGAUAGAUUCAGUCAGGAAAAGAUUGGGUACAUUCACCUAGUCAAGAUCUAUGCGUGUGCCUCUUUUUAGCUCUUUGUGUAUGGAGAUUCCACAUCAUUUAUUGGAUCCAAAGGACAAGUUUAUGAUGCUAUGUGAACAAACAAAAGGGCAGCAAAACUGGAAAGUCUGUCUAAAUGUUAAUCCAUUUUCUCCCGAGGAGAUUAGCAUCAAAACCAAGGAGGGAUAUUUGGAGAUAAUGGGUAAAAGAAGUAAUAAGUUUGGCUUUAUUUUACCAAAAGAUGUAAAAUGAUAAUGCACCGCAUAUUUAUGUUACCAAAAAACCGCCUUUGCAUUGACAACACAGAUUUACCUAAGAUCUUAAUGACAUGCUCUUUGUUUUAUUAAACAGGCAUUCGUGAGGAAAGGCAGGAAAAAUCAUAGAUUAGUCUCCAGAAGCUUUACAAGAAAAUACAAGCAAGGCUUUAUUUUUUUACCUUUUAACUUAAUUUGUGUUCUUCUUCUUACAGCUUACAUUCUCUUCUUCUCUGUUUUUAAAUAUGACAAGAAAAUGUGUCAAAUAACACGUUAUCUCUCCAAACUGAACCUACAGUAUAAAGAAAUGUUGUAUACUGUUAAUUUGCAUUUUAUAAUCCGAGCGCUGUUGAAUGUAGGUCAUUACUCCAUCAUUACUCAUGGCUGGUUUCAUUUUUCUUGUGUAAUUCAUUAGGCUUCCAGUUUACUUAGACCUAAAACAGAUCAGCUCCAUGCUGUCUCCAGAUGGUACUCUCUCAGUAGAAGCCCCAUUACCUGGCUCUAAUCUCAGUCUCCCUGAAGAGAUUGUCAUCCCUAUUCACAUUAUGGAAAAACAGGACUUACCUGCAAAGUAACUCGUAGUUAUCAUUUGUGUAAACAUCUGAUUUAAAUAUAUAUAUAUAUUAAUAUUCAAAGAAAUGCAUGUUUUUUCUUAACACAACUUUCGUAAAAAUAAAAAAAUGGCAAGAUCAAAACCUGUUUUUGAAGACUAACAUUAGAACUAUUUAUAAAUAUUGUCUUUGCAACAGAAUAUUCAUUGUAUCAUAAUCAGAAAUCAAUAUCAAAUGACAAACAUGACUGAAGACAGAAGUGUAUGUUCUGACUUCUGAGAUGAGCUUUGUCUUACAUUGGUUAAAAUAUUUUGAUCAUUAAACAAUACAUAAAUUGUG